AUGACCUCUCAGUGGAACUCUAAUCGGCGCCAGCAAGCUCAAAUCGGCGCCAACUGUCCUCUUGUAACACAUCCAUCAAUUGACCAGGAUAAAUCCCAACCAACACUCGUGGACUUCAAAGAAAUCCCAACAGGGAGGAUGGGGUCGUUGACACUAACAUGGACUCCAGAUGUGUUAACAGGAAUGAGGGCAAGUGUCUUAAUAAAGCUAUUUGAAGAAUAUGAAACAGAAAUACACAUGUUAAACUGUUCCUUUUCUGUCCAGUUGGUUGCAGCGAUUGUGUUCCUGAGUUUUGGUAUCAUUUCCAGUUUCCUGUGUCUUACAUUUCUUUUUCUGUUUCUAUCAGGAUGUCCAUUGAGGGCGGGGAGAUGUCAUUUCUACACCAGUGGAAACAGUUACAUCUAUGAGAAUUACUAUGCAACAGUUCCUUGUCAAAGACUAACAGAGGCCUGUAGUAUGAAGGUCCGCAGUGGAACAUGUUACUGUUGUGACUUGAACGAUUGUUCCAAUGGAGGAUAUCUGAACAGUUAUUAUGAGUUUGUUGGUGUGCAGAGCUGUCAGGACGUACUGUCUCUGUAUGUUCUCAUGUGGGUCCUAACUGUCCUCAAUCGGUUGGGAUUUGUGACUGGAAUCCUGACCACUGCUGUGUUGGGCAAUAUCAAAGACAUGAAAAGUGGGGGGGUCUGUCCUGAUGUGCCCUGGUGGGGGGGUUCAUCUCUCUUGUCAUUUGAAGGGGGGAACUGUUCAUCUCCAACUGCACCUCUGCUAAUGGAGGCCAGCUCACAGAUGGGACAUCAGCUCUACCCGAGGGACUCAGUCUACAUCUCACCUGCAUCAGCUGGAUCCAGUUUUCAACAGACAGGAUCUUCAGAUAUGUCCCAAACACACCAACCCUUUUCCCCCCUCUAUAACCUGCUACCCAACAAGACCUCCAACUUCUCCACCUAA